ACACUAAAGAAAGGGUGACUUGAAAAUAAAGAUUAAUACAUUAAUAAUAUAUUAAUAAAUAUUAUGAUUCAUUUAGCGCUUGUGACUAUGCCUAUAUUGCAUUUCUUUUUAUUUUAAACUCAGUUUCAUACGCUAUGGUAGUGCAGACAGGAAUUCUCACGUGGGCCUGAUUUUCUCCCCAAACCUGCUCAGUGAGUGGCUCACCCAGUCCCGGUAAAACCGGAGAGACAAACACCAGUAAACCAGUUAACACCCGGACCAGUCAUCAUUCACACGACAUGUGUGAAGAAUAGAGAAGAGUAGAUUAAAGUAAACUUUAUUUAAGCUGACCCGAGGGCAUCAAAAAUUAACCUUUUGUGCUUUCAUCUGAAUCUAUUCAGAGGAGGAUGAGUGCUCGUAUGUGGACCGAGGAGCAGUUUAACUGCCCCGUAUGUUUGGAUUUACCCACGGACCCCACGACCAUCCCGUGCGGUCACAGUUACUGCAUGGCCUGCAUCGUGGAUUACUGGGAUAACGAGGGCAAGAAAAACAACACCCACAGCUGCCCGGAAUGCCGCCAGACCUUCAGCCCUCGACCCACCGUCUGCCGGAACACCAUGCUGGCGGAAGCCGUGGAGCAGCUCCGCCGCGGGAACCUCAGCAACUCCGGACGAGAAUCCAUCAAAAGCGCCCGGCGGGCGGCGACCUCUGCGUCCGAGCGGGGGCGCGCGCGUAAAGGUGGGCCCACGAAACGUCUGCCGGCGUCUGCGGUGCCCUGCGACCGCUGCCCGGAGCCCAGAGCUGCCGUGAAGACGUGCCUGGCGUGCAUGGCGUCGUUCUGCGAGGCGCACCUGAAACCCCACGACACGCAGCCUAAGCUUAAGAGUCACGAGCUGAUUGCGCCCACCGGAGACCUCAGUCAGAAGAUCUGUCCCGAGCACAAGUACCUGCAGGAGUUCUUUUGCCGCACCUGUCACCUGUACGUGUGCUGGCUGUGCACCUCGAAUCAGCACAAGGGCCACGAGAGCGUUUCCACGCAGACCGAGCGCAACGAGAAACAGAAUCAGCUGGGUGCAGUCCUGUCUGAGAAUCAUCAGAGAUUACAGGACAGAGAACGAGAGCUCAAGGACAUGAAGAAAGUUUUAGAGACACUCACGCGCUCAUCAGAAACGGUGAAAGAUGAGGCAGAUGUUGUCCUCUCUGAGCUCCAGGAGUCUGUGCAGAGGAUGCUGGAGUUACUCCAGGACUUGAUGCUCUCUGCUGGGCAGGAGAAGAUCACUGAAGCCCAGGAUGUGGUCACCAAAUUGGAGACUGAAGUCAAACAGCUUAAGAAGAAAGAUGAAGAGAUGAAAGAUCUUAUCAACUGCCAGGAUCAUAUUUACUUCCUGAAGACGUAUCAGACUCUGUGUUCUCCUCUGGAGGGGGGCGAGUUGGGGGCCGUAACCGUGAACCCAGAAACCACAUUUGAUCCCUUAAGAAACGUCAUUGUGCAGCUCAAAGAGAAAGUAGAGGAGAUGUGUGACCAGGAACUAGACAAGAUGAACAAGACAGUCCACAACACCACAGCGUUCACAGUGGCUGACCGUAAUGAACAAAAGACGGGAGGCAUUAUGAAACUGUUCUCCGGGAAGGGAUCAAAAGCCACUCGUGCACAAGGACCCCCACCGUUGCCCUCAGUGAGAACACGAGGAUCAGUUGGAACCACACGGACACAAGCUGUAAAAAACAACGAACCACGAGUUAACCGAGCAGCCACAAGCUCUCCAAGACCAGAGGCUUCCUCAAGAGACAAUAGAGAUGAUUCUGACAGAAGUCGUAGUUCAUUGAGACCAAGAGAGACACAAAGAAGAGAUGAACGAGAACAAAAUGAUGGUAAGAGAUUUAUUUUAAGUUCAGUGAGAUCGAGAGGUCGACAGAGACCAGAACAAAGAGAUCAGGAAAAAGAAAAUCCGACCACUCAGAGACGUCAAAGUACACAAAGCAGAGUGACACAUGAUGAAGAACAAGCUGACAGCAGGAGCAUCGCUUCAUUCAGAUCCAGACAAACACAGCAGGGAGGAGAAGAGAGAGAUCAGGUGUCGGCGGAUCGCUGGAGUUUAAGUUCGCUCAGACCGAGACAGAGAAGAGACGACCGGGAACAAGCUAAUGGAGAGACACUAAACUCACAGAACAAAACAAACACAACAGACAGACAACAACCUGCUAGACAAUCGGAUAGAUGGAGUCUGACCUCUCUAUUACCAAAAAACAGGAAAAAGCGACAAGACACAGUAAAAGAGGCCACACCCACUAUACAAGAGGCGGAGUCUUUAAGUCGUAGGCCCUCCUCUGUCAGCGCCUGGGGAGAGCCAACAGAAGUGAAUCCCGGCCUCUUCCUGGAUUCUCCUACGGAGGAUGCCAUGAUAAAUCCGGCAUUUCCCACAUUAAGAGAAAUUAACAUUGACAGCAUACAGGCUGCAGAACCCAGAACCCGAGAUGAGUUCCUGCAGUAUGCAUGCGAUUUGACCCUGGAUCCGAACACGGCCCAUCGGCGUUUAAUUCUGUCAGACGGAGACACUGUAGCUACCUUGCAUCAGACGUCUCAGGGUUACCCCGACCUUCCCCAACGCUUUGACGGUUGGACUCAGGUUCUCUGCAUCCAACCCCUCUCCUCCGAUCGCUGCUACUGGGAGGUGGAGUGGAGGGGGCGUGGCUCUUCUCUGGGCGUGGCCAACAGCACCAUGGCCCGCAAGGGAGCGGAUGCCGGGGCGGGAUUAGGAUAUAACAAACAGUCGUGGAGUUUGGAGCUGUCAGACAUGUGCUGUGCCGCAAUGCAUGCCAAUCAGAAAGUGGAGAUCCCUGUGAUGUACAGUCCUCGGGUCGGGGUGUUUCUGGACAGAAACGCAGGAACUCUGGGAUUCUACAGUGUGGAUGACACGUUGGUUCCAUUAUACACAUUUCACGGUACAUUUCCACCCCAGCUGUAUGCUGCGUUUGGGGUGGGCUGCGGUGUUGGAGUCGGGCUGGAUUUUGCCAUGGGGCAGUUUAGUUCCACAUCAGACAGCAUUAAAAUCUGCUCUUUGUAAAAAACUGUCAUAAUCGUCCUAAGAUCAAAAAUAAAAUAUAUUUUGGAAAUAGGAAUUUAUAACAGUUUAAAAUAUGAUUUCAUUUGUUAAAGGCCAACGCUAUCUCAUAGCAAUUCGUACGUAUUUUAUGAGGUGGCUAAUUCGUAUUAAUUUAUACGACCACAUUCGUACAUUUUUGUACGAUUCCCCGUGACGUUGUGUUUCAUUAGUUUUUUUAUGAUAGUCAUUCGUUUUUGCACAAAUUCAUACGAAUUAGCCAACUAGUAAACUAUGUA